UGCCAGACAAAAAGUGCGACAGAAACGUUCGGCGCGUUGCCUUGUAAGGCGGACAUAGUGAGUGUGCAUAGUAGUGUUGUCCCUCCCCCUUCAUAUAUUUAAUAAAUAAAUAGUUGAAUUAUAUAAAAAAAAAUAUAUACCAAUAAUAAAUGAUAAUAAACUGUUUGAUAAUAAUUACAUUAAUAUUAUUAUUAUUAAAUUAAAUACUUGUGAUUUAAUAAACGGGUGAUAAACACUUGAGUGACACAGUGAUAAUUUAUUUAUUUAAAAAAAAAAAUAAAUAAAUAAAUAAAUAAAAAAACAAGUUUUAAAAAGAGGAAUAUUAAUAAUAAUUGUUAACAGUUGAUGGAUGAAAGUGCAAACAUGUUGCAACACGGUGGUGCUAGCGUUGGUCUGAUGAGUGGUAAUCAAGGCCAAAAUGCCCAAAAUGCUGGUGGUUAUAUGGGUCCUGUUGAUGGACCAGCUGCCCAAGGACAAGAUCCAUCAAUUGAAUCAAGAAAACAGGAUAUUGGAGAAAUACUUCAACAAAUUAUGAAUAUAACUGAUCAAAGUUUAGAUGAAGCACAAGCAAGAAAACACACACUCAAUUGUCACAGAAUGAAGCCAGCGUUAUUUUCAGUUUUAUGUGAGAUCAAGGAAAAAACAGUUUUAUCAUUGAGAAAUACCCAAGAGGAAGAACCACCAGAUCCACAAUUAAUGAGACUUGAUAAUAUGCUCAUUGCUGAGGGUGUUGCUGGACCAGAAAAAGGAGGUGGUGCUAAUGCAGCAGCAUCAGCAUCAGCAGCAUCUGCUGCUGGACCACCUGGACAACCUGAUAAUGCUAUUGAACAUUCAGAUUAUCGUGCUAAACUUGCACAAAUCAGACAAAUUUAUCAUUCAGAAUUAGAAAAAUAUGAACAGGCAUGCAAUGAAUUUACGACGCACGUGAUGAAUUUACUGAGAGAACAGAGUCGUACUAGGCCUAUAACACCAAAAGAAAUUGAAAGAAUGGUGCAAAUAAUACAUAAAAAAUUUUCAAGUAUCCAGAUGCAGCUUAAACAAUCAACUUGUGAAGCUGUUAUGAUUUUAAGAAGUAGAUUUCUCGAUGCUAGACGUAAAAGACGGAAUUUUAGCAAACAAGCAUCUGAAAUUCUAAAUGAAUAUUUUUAUUCACACCUAAGCAAUCCAUAUCCAAGUGAAGAAGCAAAAGAAGAACUUGCAAGAAAGUGUGGUAUAACAGUGAGCCAGGUAUCAAAUUGGUUUGGCAAUAAAAGGAUACGUUACAAGAAAAAUAUUGGCAAAGCACAAGAAGAAGCAAAUUUGUAUGCAGCUAAAAAAGCAGCUGGAGCAUCACCAUACAGUAUGGGUGGUGCUAGUCAGGGUACAACAACACCAAUGAUGUCACCAGCACCACAAGGUGGACCUCAAGAUAUGGCUUAUGGUAUGGGUAUUAAUGGCAGUGAUUAUGGUUCACAACCUUACAAUGAUGGUUCAAUGGGUUAUGAUCCAAUGCACCAGUGACGCAUCGAGGCGUAAAUGUCCUUAAUAAUCAUCAGAACAAGAGCAAGACCGGAUUGGAACAUCUCCGUUGCAACAAUAAUAAUCAACCUUUGAUUAUUCAAACUUUUAAUAUUAAUAAAUAAAUAAUAAUUAAUUAUUAUUAUUAUAAAAUUAAUCUUAUUUUUUUUUUUUUUGCUCUUUAAAUGUGCAAUAAACGCGUUUAUUUAUUUUCUUUAUUUUUUUUUUCUAUUUGUUUUUUGACGAUACUAAUGAGGCUGAUUGUAAAUUCAUUAUUAUUAUUUUUUUUAUCGUCAAUAAUAAAUUAAUAAAAUUCAGUGCAAUUUAAAAAAGAAAAAAAAAAUCUAUAUAUAUAAUUAUAGGAAUAUUUGUGGGACAAGAGCAAUAGAAAAAAAUCGAAAUUUAUUAUAAAAUUAAAAUAACGAAAUUGAGUGUUCACGUGGUAUUUUUUAUUGAGAUGAUUAUUGGAAAAAAAAAAAAUAAUAAUAAAUGUUUGUAGAGCCUUAGGCAUUAGACCAGUGGAUAAAUAUCAAAUUUUUGUAUAUAUAGUUUUAUUUUUAUCAUCAAAAUUAAUGCCAAGAAAAAAAAAAAAACAUCAUGAGCUUUUAUUUUUUUUAUAAAUUUUUCCUUUUUUUUUUUCAUUGCUGGUGUAUUUAUGCGAAUAAUCAGCUAACUUGAAUUAUUUUUGAUAAAUUAUCAUUUAAAAAAAAAGAAAAAAAAAGCUAAUUGUUAUAAUUGUAGAGCAUAAACAAUGAACAAUAUUCAUUGAGUCAUAUUUUAAUUUAAAAAAAAAAACAUAAAUUAUCUUUAUUCUGGCAUGUUAAUUUGCAUGUUUGACAAUGAAUUAUUAAUUGUCAUACUAUUCGAAUGGUCAAUUCAGUAUAUUCUAUAUUUUAAUGGGAAAUUAAAGAACAAAUAUAAUCUUGGGUGUUUGUCAUACGAAUGUUUUCUUUUACUUGAUUUAAUUUGGUAAUUAAAAAAAUUUUUUUUACACUAUUUUUUCUUUUUCAUAAAAGAUAUAUUGAUGAUAAAAAAAAAAUAAAUUAGUUAGAUAUAUAUAUUUAUAAAUUAUAAAAAAACAAAAAAAGAAAAACAAAUUGCUAUGAUGACAUGCAGGGAAAAAUGCAAACUGGUGGAUGGAUGCAGCAACGCGAGGCGGUGCCAGAAUUUGCUGGGAUUCAUGAUUCAGCGGAUUCCGAUUCAGACCGGGAUGAAAAACGACCACGCGUUUAGGAGGCAUUACAAUAUAAAUUUAAUUGAAAUUUAUAAAAUAAAAAUCAUAAUAAUAACGAGGGACAUAGAAUGAUUUAAAAAAUUUUUUAAAAAUGUAUGAACGUAAGAAAGUGUGAACGCUGCACGAUAGAAAUAAAACGAAAUAAAAAAAAAUUUACAAUAAUUGAUAUUACACAGUAUGAAAAACAAUAAAUAUAAAAAUUAAUUUGUUAUUUUAAAAGCAACAUAGACAUACAUACACAAAACAAAAACAAUAAAUGUUAAAUUUCCAUAGAAAUAAAAAAAAUUGUACUGUUAAUUAUUAUUUUUUCUUAUUUUUAAAUAUGAUAAUGUAACUUGUAAUGAUAAUGAAAAAAAAAAAAACUAUGUCGAGUUUAAUGAAGCAAUUGUUUAAACAAAUAGAUAACAACACGUAUACGAAAAUUACAUAAUUUCAUAAUCUGUUUUGUAUGGGUAUAUUUUUAAUAAUUACAUUUUAUUUUUCUUUGUCAUUUGUCUGUGUUUAAUUUUUAUCAUCAUAAUUUGUUAAUUGUAUUUUUAAUUAUUUCAUAAACGUAUGCAUAGUUAGCUAAAUGCAAUUAGCUUUGAAAUAUUAUUUUAUUAAUUUAGUUUUCUUGUCAUGCUAGUUUAUGAAAUUUUCAUGAAUAUAUUAUUUUUUUAAAUUUACAAACUUUUUUUUUUUCUAUGUUGAAAAAUUGUUACAACAAUGCAUGUGUUAUUAUUUUUACACAUUACAUUGAUUCGUUUCUCUUUAAAAUUAUAAUUUCAAUGAAUUUAUGUAUCUUUUUUUUUCAUUUUUAAUUGCUGUUUAAUGUGUCAUUUAUUUUUUUUAUGAGCAUUUUUAAAUGAAUGAUUUAAUUUUAUUUGUAAACACAGAAAAAAAUAUUGUAUACUCAUGUAACAAGUACCCAGAAUGACAGAUUAUUUACAUAAUUAUUUUUUUUUUAUUUUUAAUUUAUAAAACAAACAAAAAAAAAAACUUGGCGGUUUUUUUUUUUUAACGCCUGGGGUGCCUACAACUGGCCAAUGCUGUCUGUAAUUUUUCAGGAGCUGUCGCCUUGAAAUCCUUAGAAGAUACUGGAAGCAUACUAAUAACAAAUGCUGAUUAAAAAAAAAACUUAAAAUAGCAAACGAAAGAUAAAAAAAAAAACAUAAUUAUAUGAAAAAAAAAAAAACCUCAAAGAUCUAAAACAGAAAAAAACAAUUGUAAUAAUUUGAUCACCUUUUUAAUCUGUGAUCCAAAACUCGUCGAAAACUAAUUGACGAGGUAUACGAACUAUCGAUAUUAAGUAUUUUUUUUAUUGAAAAAAAAAAAUGUAACAACAAUUUUUCUUGUAUUUCAAAAUUCCAUUUAUAAAAAAAAUAACUUGAUUUAUUUUUUUGUUUUACAAAAGACUGUCAUAAAGAUUUUUGGUAAAAAUAAAAUUGUAAAAAUUAAACGGUUUUAAUACCGUAUUUUUUAUUAAACACACACAGUCUUUAAAAAUAAAAAAAUAAAAAGAAUACUAAAUACUAUAAUAAAAAAUAUAUAUAUUUAAAAAUAAAAUAAUUUAAAAUAAAAAAAAAAAAUAAGGGAAACGAAGCAAUGGUCCUGCAACACAACACGAUGUAUACGAUUUUUCAACAUGAAAAUAAUUAUAUUGUAGCUAUACACAUAAAAUAAAACAAAAGUAAAAAUUAAAUAAUAAAAAAAAAAAAA